AAGUUUUUUGGUUGUGUUGCGGAAAGAAAUAUAAGGAAAAUUAAUUUUUAAAAAUGUAUGCUGCUAUAGCGCUAAUGGACGCCGAGGAAUCCGUAGAAAGGGAAAGGCGGAUACAGAGGAGGAGAUUGCGAGACCACACCAAUGUAAUGGAACUUCCUGAGACUGAAUUUGUUGCAAAUUUCCGAAUCAAUAAAGAAAUAUUCCAAUACAUAUUAAACGAAUUAAAAGAGCACAUGGCUCCAUCACAUAGAAGCACCCACCUAUCGCACCAGCUAAAACUCGCGACUUUUUUAAGAUUUCUCGCCACCGGCAGUUACCAAAAAUCUGUUGGUAACGAAAAUAUUUCGUCGAUGGGGCAGUCAACUGCUGCAAACGUGAUCAGAGAAUUCGCCAGGAAGUGA